UUGGGGAAUCCUCCGUUGGUAUAUGCUGUUGAGAGAGGGAGUCUUGACAUUGUUAACGUGCUUCUGAAGUACAAAGCGGAUAUUGAAGUUGGAGGAAAAUGCCAGAGACUCACAAGAGACUUGUCUGGUAUCUACGACAAUAACAUUUAUCUUGAUGGUUCUAACUGGUUUACCUACACAUGUUGCACUCCAUUGUUUUUAGCGGCUGCAUACGGUCACCUUGAUAUUUUGAGGUACUUGGUCGAAAAUGGAGCUGAUAUUAAUGUAUGCUCAGAUGAUCACUGCACCCCUCUUAUGAUAGCAAUUAAAAUGGGGCACAUUAAUGUCGCAACCUAUCUUGUUGAACAUGGAGCUAAGGUGGAUCUUAAAGAUGAUCGUGGUUGUACAGCUCUUCACCACGCCAUGUAUUACUAUCAUCAUGACCGACUUGAAGUUUGUAGUUGCUUGAUUGAACGUGGAGCUGAUGUAAAUGGUUGUUACAAUAACAAGAGCCCCCAAAACGGCCGUACCCCUCUGAUGAUAGCAAGUAGAUAUGGUCAAUUGGACGCAAUGUCCUUUCUCAUUAAACAAGGAGCUAAUGUGAAUCUUCAAGACAAAGAAGGUGAAACAGCUCUUCACUAUGCCAUAGAUCGCUCUGAUGUAUCAUGUGAGGUUUUGAGUUGUUUGAUUGAAAAUGGGGCCAAUUUUGAUGCUUUUUCAAAUAGUGGCUGUACUCCUCUGAUGAAGGCAAUUCAUAGUCAACUCAUACAGGUAGUUACCUAUCUCAUUGAGCAUGGAGCUAACAUUGAUCUCCAAGACAAAAAUGGUAAUACAGCUCUUCACCAUGCUGUCGGUGUUACGAAUUUUUGUGAUAUAAUUGACCAUCUUGUGACCGGCGGAGCCUCUCACAUUUGUAACAACCAGGGAUUGACACCUCUUCUUCUAGUCAGCGACAGAGGAAACGUCGCAGUAGUGGCGCAUUUAAACAAAAGACCAGAGAUAACAAAAGAACAAAGAAUCAAUGCCCUAGAGCUUCUAGGUGCCUCUUUGGUUAUUCUGCAUGCUGCAGGUUUUGAAAGAAGCUUUGAGAAAGGAUUGAAGUACAUCAAGCGUGGCAUGGAAGAAAGGUUUUCUAAUCUCACCGAACCUUUGUUGAAACAAUCAACAGAACAGGCUGUCAAAGCUUAUCAGAACAGAAAAGAGUGUCAAAGUCUUGAGGAAUUUGCUCAGAUGGAAGGUGAUUUGGAUACUAUGGUCAUAGAAAGUAUUGUUAUCAGAGAAAGAAUUAUUGGAAAUGAAAGUGAGUCAUUACGCUAUGUUACUGCUGCUGCUGGAUGUUAUUUCCAUGCGAACAGAAAUUUCUCGACAUGCCUAGCAUUGUACAGACAUGCUGUGAAAAUAGCACAGAGCUCCAAGCAAUCUGCUGAUUUUCAGUUAGACAACAUGAGUAGACUAUUACAUGAAGAGUUUAAGAGAAGUGGUCUACCAAAAGUAAAGAAUCAUCUCAUUGAAUUGUUUGAGUUAAUACUUCUCGAGUAUGAAACACAGCAUAAGGUGAAGAAGCCAAAUUCACUGUCAAGGCUUUUUGAUAUAUCAGCGAAAGUGGUGUUGUUUAUUUCCAAAGUUGAAUUUCAUGGGGAGAGCAAGAGNAUCUCAUUGAAUUGUUUGAGUUAAUACUUCUCGAGUAUGAAACACAGCAUAAGGUGAAGAAGCCAAAUUCACUGUCAAGGCUUUUUGAUAUAUCAGCGAAAGUGGUGUUGUUUAUUUCCAAAGUUGAAUUUCAUGGGGAGAGCAAGAGGUCUAAUCUGUCAACAAUGCUAAAACAACUUUUUAGGAAAGAUCCUCAAGAUAGAUCAGGAAAUACGCUCUUACAUAAGAUCAUUGAAUGCCACAUGGAUAAUGAAGUAUAUUCCUGUUUGGAUUCAGUGAAACUUCUGCUCGGUGCAGGCUUCAAUGUAAAUGCCAAGAACAAAAAAGGAAACACUCCCCUUCACAUAGCUGCCAAGUUUAAACCCAGAAGUGGUAAAAUUUGUCUUGUGGCUGAAAUCCUGCAAGUUUUAAUUGAUGGAGGUGCUCAUCAUGAUUUUGUCAACAAUGACAGUAAAACACCCAUGGACAUGGCUAAAACUGAUGAAGCUUGCAUGAUUCUUUCAGAGAGUAGAAACCUAGAAUUACGAUGUAUCAGUGCCAGAGCAGUGAGAAAGUUUGGAACUCCUUAUUUGGGGGUGGUACCCAAAACACUGGAGAAAUACAUUAACAUGCAUUCCAGUUGA